AGGCUGGAAGCACCGGGCCACCGGCACAUAUAAAUGGUUCUGACGUCAUUUCUCAAACCACUACAAACCGUUAAAAUAAGUCCAGACGGUUUUGCUGUCUUGCUUUCCGCAUUCAGAAGUCUUGCUGAUCUAUCGCAGCGAUCGGAAUUUCAAAUCUGUCCCAUUUUCCAAAAUUUGCUGCCAUUGAUAGGUUUUUUCACUUUAAAUUUGUAUCUUCUUCUGCAGAUUUCAUUAUUUGGGGACUUUAACAACGGAAGCCCUGAUUAACCUGAAUUGGCAUUAUUUCGGUUCUCCUCAUCGACAUUUCAUCGACACUGGCUAAUCGCAGAUUGUUCAUUUGCUCUUACUUGCGAAUUCUAAAUUUUGAACACUACCUUCGUGAGUAAAACAAUAGCUUUGUUGAGUGAUAGCGGGUAUCUGGCGAUUUCCUGAUUUGGUGAUUCCUUGCAAAUUAACGAACCAUGCCGCGUCAACGACUGGCUGCUCAUAAUGUCACAACGGUGAAUCUCAGCAGUGACGAAGACGACGAAAAUCUUCCUGAGCCCACGCCUUUGCGCAGAAGCAAUCGUCAGCGAAAGCCGAACGCUCGGCUGCAGACGAAGUUACCGGAGAACUCACAGCUAAAGCGCACGAACUCAUCGCUGAAUGAGAAAGGGGAAGCCAAAAAGAAAAGGCAUUCAGUUGUCGUUGUGGAAGAAGAAAAUCACAAUGAAGCUACCAGUGGGGCCGGUCCCAGUCAUUUCACUCGUUCGCGGCUGCCCAAACAACCACUGGCUUCUAGCCGUCCAACUCUGGGACAGCGCUGUGCUGCUGAGAUCCCCACUUUGAAGGCCAAGUACGGCGACGAGGAAAAUGGUUUUGGGGUGAAGGUGAUGGACCGCGGCUCCGCAGGAACUACGGUUGCUGUUAGCGUCAAUCCUAUCCUGGAUGCCCGUGCUCGCUCCUUCUCGCUUGUGCUGUUGACUCAUCAGACUGCUCCAGAAACUGUUAAGGAACUGAAAUACUUCCCCCCUGUCCGAGCGCAGUUGGAGUUUUCCACCAACACCUUCAAAAUCAGUGUUCAUUGUUCGUGGAUGAACAAAACUAAUCUAAAUCGCCUGCGGUCGGAGAUGACGAAAGUUUUUAAGGCGGACAUGGGUGAUGAGCCUUUCCAGACAGCGUUGAACUGGUUGGAAAAGAAUGGCAUCGAGUUUAGUGGAAUCUUGAUUCGACGAUGUGUAACCUACUGUGAUCCCCAUGUGGCUAAAACGCAACCCCAUUAUUUGAUAUUCGAUGAUAUUGAGCUCAUCCGUCAGCUGUUUUUAAAUGUGACUCAGAGGGAGGCUAUUGCUAAAUGCUCCACGACAAAGAUUACUAAAGCGUUCGAUUGUGCGAUCUGUUUUGACCAUAAAUCCGUUAUGAAUGCGGUUAUCUUCGGCUGCCAUCAUUCCUUCUGCCAGGCCUGUGUUAAACAGGAUUUUGAAUUGAAAAUUAAAGAAAAUCGCGUAAAGGAGCUGCAGUGCUUGGCGGAAGAUUGCGCCGUUCCGGCGAAGACGGAAAGUGUAAAAUCGGUAGUUGAUCGCGACGCUUUCCGACGUUACUGCGAUCUGACCACAGAUAAUACUGUGGACGGCCCAACGUUUGUUCGCUGUCCGAAAGUUACUUGUAAUAUGCCAAUGGAGCUGGAUCCCAACGGUUCACGAGAGGUGAUUUGCCUGUCUUGCCGUCACCAGUUCUGCUGUCUAUGUAAAGCCAAUCCGCAUCCGCACACACCAUGUUUAUCGUUUGACCAAAAACGGGAAAUCCGUGAGCGCUACCAAAACGGUACAUCUCGGGAAAAGAAAGAUUUGGAACGUCAGUAUGGCAUGGACAAUAUUAAGUUUGCACUGGAAGACGCUGAGUCAGAAGAGUGGAUUGCGAAAAAUGCUAAACCGUGUCCGAAAUGUAAAACGCCGAUUCAGAAAACUGAUGGAUGUAACAAAAUCACGUGCACGGCGAAAGGGUGCCGCACAUAUUUCUGCUGGCUGUGUGGUCAAGCCUUACCGCGUGGUAAUCCGUACACUCACUUCAACGAUGGACCUUGUGGUGGACGUCUUCAUGAAGGGAAUAAUGUGAUGGCAUUCGAUCCGUUCCUGUUCAACCAUAUGAUGAAUGACUCGGACUCUGAUUUAUCGGGAUCAGACGUGGAUGUUGGCUUCUCGGAUUCCGAUUCCAGUGAUAUUGAUCAACAAGCUAAUCCCAUUCAGAUUAUGGGCAUCUCCAGCAGUGAUGAUUCGGACGAUGAUGAACCGUUGUACGGUUUCGGGUUGGAUGGCCCAAUGGUGGCGAUGGCAAUGCAUGCGGUGGGUGCUUUUGAUUAUGCUCCAGCAAUCCUGCCGUUGCUGGCAUUGGGGAACUAUUCGGAUUCCGAUGACAGUGAUGACGAAAUGGACGACGAUGACUCUAGUACUAGCAGCGACAGUGAUGACGGUUAAAUAGUUCCGAUCCGCUUUGAAUUAACUCUAUAUUGUGCCAGAUCUUGUCGGUGACUUCUUUGCGCAGCUCAGUGCGAUAGGGGAUUUUUCUCGAAAGAAUUUGUUUAGACAUUUCUGAAAGAUCUACUUUGUAAGAAAGGUUUUUACUUUUUUGGUAGAGCUUUCAGCUUCGUUGACAAGUUGUUGACUUUGGUAAAAUUUCUACUGGCUUAAAGUUCUUACAUUUUGCAUUCUUUAGAUGUGCACGGUAAUACGGAGCGAUUGUUUUGGUACUGCAUGGGGUCGUUGUGGUUAUACUUAUACAUAGAUAGAUAUAUAGAUAUUUACUUGAUGUACUUACCUUUAUUACCAGUUGGCUAAAAUUUUCUUUUCGUUUUUGAAAUUAUAAACGUUGAUAGAAAGUAUUCACUGUGAGCAGACUGAAUGUUUGUGAAGAGUCCCUGCCGCUUUCCGUGGGAAGGAGUAUUAUAGAAUUUUAUUGUACUGUACGAACUACGAAUUCAAUAGAAUGAAAA